GUUCAAUUCAUCUCACUCACGCCUAGUCAAAUCGAGAGUGUCGUUGCCAACGUAUCCAUGAAGCAUGACAGACUCAACCAGCAGCUCGCCGCGUUUGUUAAGGGCGUUACGCCCUACUUUUCAGGACUCACAUCCCACAAGGAACAAGCAGUCCAUUAGACCACUCGUUGUGCUUCUUAUCCUCGUGCACCUUUCUGCUGUUCUGUAUACACUCCCGUUGAAUCGGGUGAUUGAGUUGAGACUUUGUCAAGACCACUACGAGCGCCAUGAUAGAGCCCUGAUCCCGACGCAUGGACCCAUCCCUGAGAAGUUGUGCAAGAUUGACGAAGUUCAACAACGACUAGCAUGGCUUCAAGGUAUCAUGGAAACAACUUUGGUCGUUUGUGACUUCCUUGUAACGAUUCCCUUCAGCUUCAUCGCUGAGAGGUACGGAGUUCGAACUGUUCUUUGGUGCAAUCUCGUCCCAAGGAUUUUCAUGAGUGUAUGGACUCUCACGAUUGGGUAUCUCCCUAAUAUCUUGCCUACGAAAGCUAUCAUCGUGGGACCCUUCCUAGCUAUUUUCGGGGGUGAAUGCGUGUUGCAAUCAACCAUCUUUGCAUUGACAUCGGCGCUAGCCAAUGAGUAUGUUCAGCGAGCAUCCUACUUCUCGUACAUCAGCUCUACUUCAUACGUUGUAUCGUUCCUGGGCCCAACCUUGGCUUCGACUACGAUGAGUUGGAAUAUCUGGUUACCGUUCUGGAUCAACAUCGGUCUUCUAACAUGCGCGAUACCUACCAUCAUGCUGCUUCCUCAGACCGCAAAGCCGACCGUCGUUGACUCUUCGGCAGCCUUAUCCGAACCUUCUGACAUAGAAGAAGCCGGGCCACUUCUUGCCGACGACGAGGGUCGCGCAAGUCACUAUGCUAACGCAUUCGAAAAACCGCAUGGUUUCGUACAAGAAUGCAUUCACGCGGCACGAAAGCUUCUCGACUUGAUCAAAGGGCGUCGGAACUUCCAAGUGCUCCUGUGCUCAUUCUUUCUUACCGCUCUUGCAAGCUCAGAUACAAAGCUUCUUGUCCAAUAUAUCUCAAAGCGAUACGAAUGGACGUUUGCACAGGCCGGAUUUAUGCUGUCGGCGAAAGCAAUCGUUAAUUUCACGUUACUUGCAAUCAUCGUGCCGCGUCUCAUCCGCAAAUCCAUGUCGUCUCGAGCCGUGCAUGGAUCCGAAGUCCGUCUCAACUACCUCGGAGCUGAGAUCAGCAUCCUGAUCUCGAUAGUCGGUGUGCUAUGUGUAGCACUGGCGUUCCAGUUCUGGAUGCUGUUGGCUGCUUUGAUGAUCUACGCCCUUGGCUCAGCCUUGCCCGUGUUCACUAUGUCGCUGGUGAAGUCGCAACUCAUAGCGAUAGGCGAUUCUGAUACGCAAGACUUUAGUAUUGUUAUGUUGACAAAAACGCUCGGUUCUCUCGUGGGCGCUCCGCUCAUGGCCUCUCUUUGGAUACAAGCCAUCAAGCUUGGAGGUCUUGGCUUGGGUCUACCGUAUCUUGUAUCUGCUACGAUAUAUGCUACUGCCGCAAACGUCGUAGCAAACUUACACUUCUAGGGUGCUGCCAACAGCCAGCCUACCACCGAUGCCCACAGAGCGGUAUCUCUUGCUUUGUGACAGCGUUAUUCACACGGUCUUGGUAUCAUUUUUCUUCGAUGGACAAAUAUAUUUAUGAAUCACGUAUCAAGAGUUGAACGGAGUUCACGGUGCAGAG